UCUGCUUUGAAGUUUGAACUAUGAAGUUUGUUUUGGCGCGUGUAAAUUAAUAUUUAUUUAUUUUGCUAAAGUUUGCUAGAUUGCCCACUGGUUUCGUCCACGUUGUAAAUGACGUUAUAAUAUAGUCUUAAGUCUAUACAUAUCUUCCUAAAGAAAGGACUACAACUACAACAUAAUUUAUUUUUUAAAUUCAAACAAAAAGCGCGUGAGAGAAAUAAUCUGUUCAGCUUUAUAUUAUCAAAUACAUUUAUUUUUGUACUAAUAAAUGAUUAUUAAUAAGUGUGUGUCGCUUUAAAACCAAAUUACAAUUACAAUAAUGUCUAAGCAUUUAAAGUUAAACUUUGGUUUUGCAAAGGAUGACGAUGCAGAAAAUAAGGAAGAAAAUGUACUUAGCACUCCUAGAAGAGCCACCAGGCAUAGAAAUACACCAAAAAGGUACAGCGAAUUUUUCGCAAAGUCCCCGGUAAAACGACAAACUGUUAAUGAUAUAAGCUCAGAUGAAGAAUUUCUUGUUGAAGCUCCAGUACAAAAAUCUAAAGCUCUUUUUGGUAAUGAUGAUGUAGAAGGUCAAGACAUGUACAAAUUUCAAUCCCGAUAUUCAAGACUUGGUCUCCAAAACAAAGUGAAGUCAGCUAUUGGAAACUCUCCUUCAAUAAGCAGUCCUCUGAAAACUCCAAGGAAAAGUAUAAACCUGAAUAAAGUUGAAGCUACACCAAAGCAAGUAGUUAGCUUGUUCAAGAAAAGAAUAAUCCAAGAAGUAGAUUCUGAAAGUGGAGAAAGUGAUUUUUCCGGCAGUAGCAGUGAUUUUGUACCAGAUAAGAGUGAUGAAGAGAGUGAAGCUUCAUCAAACUCCGAGUCAGAAGUUGAAGAACAGCCUCAACAAAUAUCAAAGCCAGUUCGGAACAGAGGCAACAGAAUGAAACAAAAAGAUUCAGAAUAUAUUGUUACACCAGAUAAUUAUUUCAUGAUGCAUUCAAGUAAAAAGAUAACCACAUCAGAUCACACUUUAUCAAGAUUAAAGAACAUGAAUUUGAACGAUAACAUAAAAGACAUAGAUGUGCACAUAUCGGACGAACAUCAAACUCGCAUAAAAGACUUGAUGAAAAGCUACGACUAUUUAUAUGACCGAUGGCUGUAUGUGCUCAGCGAAAAUUUCAACAUUAUUCUCUAUGGAAUAGGAUCAAAACGCUCCAUACUACACAAAUUUCAACAAGAGAAACUGCAUAACACACCCUGUAUCGUUAUAAACGGAUUUUUCCCAAGUCUCACCAUCAAAAAUGUUUUAGAGGCGAUUGUCGUUGAUCUUCUUGGCAAUACUCAUGUACCAUCAAAUAUUAGUGACGUCAUACAAAUAAUUGAUAGCCAAUUACAUGAAAAUGAGACUGAUUUAUUUUUAAUUAUACACAAUAUUGAUGGAACCAUGUUACGGAAUAGCAAAGCGCAGUCAGUUCUUGCUGGUAUCUCGCAAUUGAAAAAUGUGCAUACGAUCGCAACUAUCGAUCAUAUAAAUGCUCCAUUGUUAUGGGAUCACUCUAAGCUCAGUAAGUUCAACUUCACGUGGUGGGAUGUCACAACAUUCCUACCAUACACAGAAGAGACUUCAUUUGAAAACUCUCUCAUGACCCAGAGAAGUGGUGCAUUACAGUUAUCUUCUUUGAAAAGUGUCUAUCAGUCCCUCACAACUAACGCUAGAGGUAUAUUCAAUAUUAUCAUUGAAUAUCAGCUCGAAAACCAGAAGCAGACCCACUACCAAGGCCUUGCAUUCAAGGAUUUGUACUCAAAGUCAAGGGAACAGUUCUUAGUGAGUUCUGAAUUGGCACUUAGAGCUCAACUUACAGAAUUCUUGGAUCACAAACUUGUGAAAAUUAAACGAACACUGGACGGCAGCGAGAACUUAGUUAUUCCUAUAGAGAGUACUUUAUUGCAACAGUUUUUGGAACAAAAUCAAUGAAGAAAUAAAAGAAAUGCAUGU